AUCCGGAAGCGCCGCUGAGCAGCUGGAACCCGGGUUGGAGUUGCUGAGGUUGCAGGGCAAGGAUGGCCGCGCAGCGGAGACACGUGUUUGUUGGAAAAGUGCUGAAGAAACUUUACCCUGAUGUUCCACAUGGCCAAGAAAAGAAGGCACCAGUGACUCCAGCUUCCAAAAACCCACUUGAAAAAGUGGCUCCUGAGAGAUUGAAGGGUGGCAGCAUCCGCCCUGUGUCAGGUAGUGACACUCAGGUCCGGCCUGCACGACGCCUAUACACUGUGGGCCUGCCCCCUGAGGGCUGGGCCCCACCUCCAGAGCCCCCCAGCUUCUCCAGCCCAGAGGGCUCCUCCAGCAGUGAGGACACAGCAGAUCAGGAUCUUUGUGAGCAACCAAAGAGAAGAAGAAUUAGAAAGCAUAAAUCAAAGAAAAAACUUAAAAAUCCCAAUAUUCAUGUCGAACAAGCAGAAUUAGAGAAGCAACAGAGUCUUUUACAAGAAAAAUUGCAGCCACGGCACACAGAUGGCCCCAUGAUAAGCAAAAAUAAAAAAAGGAAACUGAAAAAGAAACAGCAGAUUAAAAGGAAGAAAGCAGCUGGCUUACUAACAGGAGCCUCUGGCGUCAACUUCAUGUACCAGCCUGAGGAGAACAGCAGCGGGCAGGACGACAUGAGAGGAAGCGGUGGGGAGGACGCCCCAGACACAGAGGAGGACGGAGCCCUGGGCGCAGAGGAGGACAGAGCCCCAGAUGCAGAGGAGGAGGAAAGGGCCGCCCUCGAAGCCACAGAUGCAGAGAAGGAAAGGGGUGCAGAGAAGGAAGGGGUUACAGACACCGGGGAGGAAGACAUUAAAAAUACCAAUGAAAAGGCAAAUAGCAUCCUAAACUUUCUGAAGUCAACACAAGAAAUUUAUUUUUUUGAUGGUGCCUCCAGGGAUUCAGAUUCUGCUGUCCUUAUGGAAACCACUGAAGAGCUGUUUCAGCAUCUUGAAAGUCACAGCAUGUCCUCCUCAGACGUGUUCAUCCUGGAUCACAUGAAAACGCUGUUACUUCUGCGAGACACUGAAAGAUUGAAGAGAGCCCUAGAGGUAUUUCCAGAGCACUGCUCGCUGCCACCCGAAGCAUCUGUACCACUGAGUAGAACCUUCUGGAGGAUUCCCUACUGGUUCUGCAGAUCCAUCAGCUUGAGAAUGGUUGCUGCAAAGCACCCCAAGCUUAAUGAAGGUUGGUAAGUGGAGCCACUGACCAGGACAGCCUACUGACCAGGAUGGGUCACUGACCAGGAUGAGCUCACCAACUAGGAUGGGCCACCAACCAGGAUGGGCCAGCAACCAGAACAGGCCACCUACCAGGACAAGCCACCAACCAAGACAAGUCAUCAUCCAGGACAGGCUCACUAGUGCCCAGGGCUGCCUCCUUGGAGUGGGUGAUGGUCCACCAACUCCAUGGACCUGAAAACUGGAUGUAGCCUCACUCUGAAGUGGGAGCUGUGGGUAGCAUCCUGUCCACACCCACGACAGCCUUCGUCUCAUGUCCCUUCAGCAGAGACGUGACCUCCUGCCACCUCGGCAUCUUCCCCCUCCCUGAGACACUGUGUCCAUGAGAUAGGAGACCCAGGAGUCAUGCCUCUUCCUGCAUAGGGCUGAGGGGCUACUCACUGGCAGGCAUCCACCAGCUGCUCCCACCUGACUUUCUGACGUGCCAGGUUGUAAUCUUCCCAUAGAGGUGACUAUUAAUUAAUGACACAUUGGCCAAUGUGAAAAUAAACUAAAUAUUGGCAGAUUCAUAA